UUCAAUGUCGAUUCUUUUACCCGUAUCGGACAUCUGAUUGCAAAACCAGUGUCAUGGCUUGCACUGGUAAACACAAAAUCAGUGUUGUGACCCCGUGCAGGCAGUCCAGAUUUUAAGAUCGGGACACCAUGUUCAUCAUCAUAGUGAACAUCAUCAAUCAGAAUUUAUGACUAAUCGUGGCAAACUAACUGAUCUCCAGACUGUAAUAAACAAAUGGGUCAUACAUAUAUAUUGUUAAUAAAAGAAGUUGCAACAUUUAUUAAUAGAUUACCUUUAUAGCCGGGUAACUCUUCGACAUAUUCCGACUGAGCUAGAGAAAACCAAGUUAGCUGUCAUGUCACAUGACAUGUUAGUCUUGCAAUUAGAAAACUCUCUUUAUAUAUAUCAACACACGCACGCACAGUUUUAUCCUCGCAAGUUUUUCUGUGAAGCUACAUAUAGCACUGAGAACAACAACUUACCUCCAUAACAAUAUGUUGAUGAUGGGUGUUCAUUAAACGUGCUAGGAACUGGGGAAUGAAACAGAACCGGUAGGAGUAUAAUUCACAGUAGUUCUUUGUAUGUGUGUUUGAUGGGGUGAAGGUAAAUAUGCGAAUUUCAGAAUUGCCAGCAAAUGAAAUUUAGAUUAAAACACCGCUUAUCGUGUUUUAAGAUAUAAAAAAACUUUGGAAAUUCAAGAGGGUGUGGGGGAAGUGAAAAACAUUCUAAAUUUAAGUACAUCCUUUACAUUUUGAGUUGUUCCAAAAUCAUCUUCACAUAGACAAAUUUAUCAACCAUGAAGGGGAACAACAUUUAUGCAUGCAUGUAUAAAAUUAAUCUUAUGUAAGUCAUACUCUAAUAAUAACCUAGUGUAUGUCCGUAAAUAAAAAAGACAUGUCAUAUGUCAUAAAUAGUUUAGAAACCUAUAAACAAAAUGAAAACCGGAAAUGAAAAAAAGUACACGAAUACUCAAAAUCAACACUAAAUACACCCAAACAAAGUGAUCAAAAUCAGGGGUUUCAAAAAUCAAAAUAAUCUUAUUAUGAGAAGCUUUUAAUAAGCUUAUUCCCAAAGUGGAAAGUUUCCAGUUAAUAAAAACAUAAAUUUAUUAACAAAGCUUUGAAACCAUAAAACAUUUUUCUAGGUUACAAUAUGGAAUCUAAAAUCUCCCAUACUAAGCAACUUUUUCAUUAAAUUACAAUGUCAAUAGGGAAAUAGCACUUUCUAACCUGGACAUUUGGAGUUUUUUUUAUAAACUUUGUUUAGAUUAUUUUCUCAAGUAUGAAAUUAAUUGCUCCUUAAUCCCUAAUAGUCGAAAUGAAUUUAUUAGAGAACUCCAACUAAGAAAAAAUAAAAAAAGAAGUCAAGAAGUGAAAUUACUUCUAACCUGUAAUUCCGCUAGGAAGAAAUCAAGAAGUGAAAUUACUGCUAGGAAGAAAUCAGGAAGUGAAAUUACCUCUGCAAUUUGAAACCUAAUUAACCUUCAUUCUAAGAAUUAACCUAUGGACACCAAUGUGGUUGUUUUCUUUCACUUUCUUCCCCAAUCUAAUUAAGCGGAAUACGAAUCUAAAUUAAGUAUGGAAUCCCGCUAUUAAUCAACUCACGAUUCAUAAUCGAAGAAUUGACCGAAAAAGUAGGGAAAUCGAGGCAAAGAAUCUGAAAUAGGGAUGGAAUUCCAUAGCCCUGAUAUUGAUUUGCCCGAAUAUAUAUGAAUUGAAUGAAAAUCGCAUAUGUAUUUUAGAAAACACCUGAAUCUCGCAUUGACGUCGAAGAAUGAGCGGAUCUUCACGGUUUGACGGUGUAGAUUUCGGGAUUGACGCGAAGAAUCCGCAAACAAUCAGCGGAUUUUUGACUUCCCUUGCAGAUUUGCUUUCAGUGGACGAAGAUCUACGGCGGAGAAUUUUGGCCGAUGAAUUGAAGAAACCUGAAAUCACACAUCAUGGGAGAAUAGGCGACUGCGAAAGUGCGAAGGAUGUUAGCGGUUUUGUCUCACAACUGUACGCGUGUGUAGUUAAGGGGUGUUUUCCGGAUCAAUUUACUUCAACAACAAAAAACAUAGUAUACAACGAAAUCCUACAACACAUUGACAUAAACGGUACUCUUGCUGGAGAGGACCGCUGGACGUAAACUAAACCAAUCAUGAACUUUAUCAUCAUAUUAGUGAGUUGAACUUUCUUGUUUUACUAGAUUGAGUGAUACGCUAUGAAAAAAAUUAGGUUUGUUACUUUUUCCCAAAUUUCAAACUUUUUUCCCAAUUAUUGAUGGAUACAUCGCAUUUGAUAUCUCCCUUGCAUGAUGGAUGGAUACAUCAAAUCCGAUAUCUCUCGUGCAUGGUUGAUGGAUACACUAAAUUUCAUAUCUUUGC